AUGUUCAGAGCCACCAAGCGAUUAUUCCAUGCACGAGGAUCCACCAUGACAGCCUUCAAGAUCGACAUCGUCUCAGAUCCUAUCUGCCCAUUUUGCUACCUCGGACGGAAGCGACUUGAUCGCGCCAUCGAUGUGUACAAGAAAACAAUCCCUGGUGGCUCAGAAGAUGCUUUCAACAUUACUUGGAAACCGUUCUAUCUGGACCCCACCCUGCCCCCGGGUAAGGGCGUGCCCGUCCAGGAGCGCAUGGCGCAAAAGUUCGGCGCCGACAAGCUGGACAUCAUGACCCAGCGGAUGAGACUGAUGGGGCAGUCUGAGGGCAUCUGCUUCUCGUUCCAGGGCAAGAUGGGCAACACCCGGGACGCCCAUCGGCUGUCGCAACUGGCCAAGACCAAGGGCGGUGAUAAGCAGAGCAAACUCAUGGCGGAGAUGAUGCGGAGCUACUUCGAAGAGAGCGGCGAUAUCACCAGCCACGACAUGCUCCUUGACGCCGCGGAGAAGGCUGGUCUGGAUAGGGCCGAGGCCAAGGAGUGGCUCGAUGAGGGCAAGGGGGGUGAGGAGGUCGACAAGUCCGUGGAAUGGGCCUACGCAAAGGGAAUCCAGGGCGUCCCACACUUUAUCAUCAAUGACCGGUAUGAGAUUGGCGGCGCUCAAGACGUCGAGGCGUUCCUCGGAGAGUUCGUCAGAGCCAAGAACGCUGCGUAG